CCUCGAGUGCUGGGCUCGUCACACAUACCAUUCAAGUCGGCGGGCCAAACGGGUCACUCGCCUUCUAUCCCAACAAUGUGAAGGCAAACGCUGGAGACAUGAUCCAAUUCCAGUUCCACCCAAAGGUACGUCCUUACAGCCGUACUGCGACAGCACCAUCUAAUAUCAGAUAGAACCACUCCGUCGUCCAGUCUACCUUCGAUAACCCUUGCGUGCCUAUCCAGAACAUUAUGUCUAACAAAACAAACGCUUUCUUCUCAGGCUUCAUGCCAACCACCACUCCUGCGAACUCAACAUCCCAGCUCUUGACCUACACUAUCCGUGUUCCCGAUGACAAGCCUAUCUGGUUUUACUGCUCACAGGGCAAGCACUGCCAGGAAGGCAUGGUAGGAGCCAUCAACGCGUACGUAUACAUUCCUCAAGCAUCUGGUCCACCUUGAUCAUGACUAACACAAUCAUAGACCUACCUCCGGCGAAAAGACUAUGCAAGCAUUCAGCGCGCUCGCCGCUCAAGCUGCCGAUAAC